CCUGCGCAAAGCAUCUGCGCAGUUGACGAAAACAGUCGUUUCUGUCCAUCCCCGAGCCAGCUCCAAGGAACUUUGUGCUGAAGAUAAGUCUCCAAGAUGGCCUAUGACAUGGAUGACCAGGCAGAGUGCCCUCUGUGUAUGGAACAGUUUGAGAUGGAUGAUCUCAGCUUUUUCCCAUGCACUUGUGGAUAUCAGAUCUGCCGGUUCUGCUGGCACCGGAUCCGCACAGACGAGAACGGCCUGUGUCCCGCCUGCCGCAAACCCUACUCGGAGAACCCGGCCGACUUCAAGCCGCUGACCAACGAGGAGCUGCAGAAAAUCAAGGCCGAGAAAAAACAGAAGGACCUGCAGAAGAAGCUCAAGAUGAGCGAGAACAGGAAGCACCUGGCCAACGUGCGGGUGGUGCAGAAGAACCUGGUGUUCGUGGUGGGCCUGUCGCCGCGCCUCUCGGACCCGGAGGUGUUAAAACGGCACGAAUAUUUCGGCAAGUUCGGCAAAAUCCAUAAAGUUGUGAUAAACCACAGCACGCAGUACGUCGGCUCGCAGUAUCGGCACGUACCGCAGGGCCCCAGCGCCAGUGCGUACGUGACCUACUACCGAUCGGACGACGCGCUGCGGGCUAUAGCGGCCGUCAACAACGUCACCAUAGAGAACCGCACGCUCAAGGCCUCGCUGGGCACCACCAAGUACUGCUCACACUUCAUGAAGAACCAGCCGUGUCCAAAGACCGACUGCAUGUACCUGCAUGAGCCAGGGGAUGAGGCUGCGAGCUUCACCAAAGAGGCGAUGCAGCAAGGCAAACACCAAGAAUACGAGAAAAAGCUGCAUGACCAGCUUUUCCAGCAGUCGCAAAACCAAAUCAACCGGGUAAAAGACAGGCGAGGCAAUCCGUCCCAGUCGGAGUCGGGCUCGGUACCGAUACCGUCCGGCUCACAGCGGCUCGGCAGCGCCGAAAACAGCCCCCCGGACGGCAGCUCGGCCGGCGGCGGCGGCGGCGGCGGCUCGGCCGGUGCCAACGGCAACUGGCCGCUGCUGCAGCAGACCAAAAAGUCGCGCGGCAGGAAGAGUCGGAAACGGAACGCCGAGACCGCGGCGGCGGCGACGUCGGCGGCGCCGGCGCGGACAGCGGGUGCGGUGUCGGGCGCGACCGGCAGCGGCGCCGCCGGGACUCUAGUGAACGCUCAGUCGGACGACGAGAACAGCACGGGCUCGCGGGAGCGGCAGACGGACAGCAGCAGGUCCACGCCGCUCUCCCAGCCGGCGGCGUCGGCGGCCACCCCUCCGCCCGAGCCGGCCGCCCAGCCGGCGGCCACGCCUCCCCCUCCGGCGCCGACCCCGCCGGCGGCCGCCGCUCCGGAGCCGCAGCCGGACCCGGAGCGGCAGCCCGAGCCGGAGCCCAGUGAACAGCGGUCAGCCUCGCCAUCGCCUCCUCCGGCGGCGGCUGUGGCGCCCUCGCCCGCCCCGUCCCCCGCCCCCGCUCCCGCUCCCGCUCCGUCCCCCGCCCCAGCGCCGGCGCAGUCGGUGACGGCGGUGCCCUCGCCGGCGCCGACGCCAGCGAUCGCCACGCUGACGCCGCCGCCGGGCCUGUCGCACCCGACGCCGGCGUCGACGCCCGCCUCGAGCGCCGGCUCUGCCGAGUGGCUGGUGCCGGGCCGCGGCGACUCGCUGGCGGCCGCGCUGCUCAGCCAGCCCACGCCGCCGCCCGAACAAGACGACCAGCCGCUGGACGGCGGCGCCGACGACCUCGACUUCGACCCGUUCGAGGAGACGGAGAAGGGUCUGAGCGCGCUGCUGGAGCGCGAGCGCGAGCAGCAGGCGCGCCAGGCGGCGCAGCGGCAGCACGCGCUGCGGCUCGGCACCGGCGCGCCGCCGCCCGCGCCGGGACUCUCUAGCUUUAAUGCGGCGGCGGCGGCGCGCGCGCGUCUGCCGCCUCCGGGCUUCAGCGGCCCCAGCGGCCUGGGUCUGGGUCCGCUGGGCCACCCGGCACAGCAGCCGGCGCCAGAUCUGUGUGGCAGCAAGAUGCUGCCGUUCCUAAACGGCGGUGGUCUGAACGGUCUGAACGGUCUGAGCCGACCGCCGCCGCCGGGACGACCGCGCGCCCUCUCGCCGCACGACAGCCUCUUCUCGGAUCUCUCCAGCAUGAUGCUGGUGGGCGGCCAGAGCCAGCCGCAGCAGCAGCCGCAGCCGCCCCGCCACGACAGCCUCAAGGACUGGCAGGGCCUCAAGAAGCACUUUCCCAACAUCAACAUAUCGUUCAGCAGCGGCGCGCCGCCGGCGGCGGCCGGCGUGGGCCGGUUUCCGCCUGGCCAGCCGGGCUCCGGGGCUCGCCACCCGGCCCACCACGGCCCGGCGCCGCCGCUGGCCCGCUUCAUGGCCCAGCCGCCCAAACCGACCACCUCGCAAGGCUGGAGCGGCGGCUCCGGCUCCGACUGGACGGCCAUGGACCCGGCGAUCGUGUCGUCUGGCCAGCUGGCGGCGCCGGCGCGCUCCGACUCGCCGCCGCACUGGCUCCGCUCGCUGGAGCAGCUCACCGAGACGGGUCCCAUGUACCCGCCGGCGGGGCCGCCGCAGCGUGCCGCGCCGGCCCUCUGGACCUCCACUCCGCCGCCGGGCUUCAACCCGGCCCUGUGACGCCCGACCGCCGCCGCCGCCACACCAACGGACCUCUGACCGAUAUCUGACCCGAGCGACGGCCCGGCGCGGCGCCCGCGGCCGGCCGGCUGGCGGGGCCGCGGCGCCGGCGCCGGCCGCCUCGGGCCCAAAUCUGUGAUGCAAGUGUCGACCGGGGCGGUGCCGGGCGGCCCGUGGCCCGCGCCGACUGACGGAGGGGCAGGGGCGGGCUGCCCGCGGCCGGUCGGCCCCGGUCCCAGUGCCUCGGGGUGGGUCGGCCGGGUCGGCCCGGGUGGCGGCGUGUGACCCCUGACCGGGCGCCGCCGGCCGUCCGGACCGUCCGGACGGGCCGGACCCGCCGGCCGCGAGCGUGGCCCACUGAGCACCAAAGGAAGGUCUGUUUCUCCCGGUUUAUGCUGGUGCGGUACUGACGGGUGCUCGCCGGUCCGGAGCGGGGGCGGCGCGCCGCGGCCGGCGCCCUGCCCUCGGCAGGGACCGGCCCGGGCCAGCGGCUGCCCAGCUCCGACCUGAGAGCGGGUCGCCGUGCUGCGGAUAGGGCUCAACGCGCCGCUGCGCGCUCCAGGGGCGGCGUGAACCGGAUCGGGGAGGCGGCGCAUGGCGACAGGGCAGUGCAAAUCUCGGGAACAGGUGGAAAUUAUGCUGUGGAAACACCCCACACAGGUAUGGGUUUUUAUUGAGCGCACUUGGGCCUGUGGUCCUCUGUAGGUUUUUGAUAAGCCGCGUGCCUGCUGUGCGCUGUUCUCACGGCAUCUGAGCGUGUUUCCGACGAUGAAGGUUUGUUACUGGCGCGGCGGACGGUGUGGCCGGGAGUGCCGGCCGCGGGCAGCGACUGCAAAGGAGACCGGGCGAGACACGAGAGAGAAGGCGAGGGGCUGAGCGGGGCCGGCCGCCGCCACGGGAGCGAACGGACCGACCUCAGAAGAGUAUAUGUGCGCGGGGAAGGAGGCCAGAGAGCGGAGAGAGGGCGAGAGUCACCGGACGGUACAUGUGCGCCAGCUAGUCCACAGAGGGGGCGGCGGCCGGCCGGGUGGUACGGGCCGCCAGGCGCGCCCGGGCCGCCGCAAACACGUGUGUGUUAUGUUGCCUUGACCCAUUCUCCGAUUGGCUAAACUUCAGUCCGUAUAAGUACUUGGCAAUCUUUCUGAAAUAAAGAUACGACUCUCGCUGCUGGUUUGUGUUUCCGGCGUCUGCGAAGUGCGGCGCCCCCAAAACUCAUAGGCUUGCUGUUCUGUUGUGAUGUCCAUGCGUUAAUACAAGAGGAUGUAUUUACCCGGC